GGUGAUCACUAAAUCAGUUUAUACUAUAAAGUGAAUAGUUUACGACAUUGCAGCGACGAGUAGGACGAUUUUUUUCAACUUCCCUAUACAUCGUAUUAUUUUAAAGCAGUUCAUCGUGAGUGACAAUUAUUUUGUGAUUGUAGUUCAUUUUUGGUUACAAACACACGGCGCACGAAGCACAAGUAAUCAUAGGAAAGUGUUAAACAGGACAUUAUAAUAUUACUGCAGUUUUUUAAGCACUAGCUGGACUUGAGUACAUUUUGUUGAAUCGAAUGGCCAACACUGAGAAAGGUGAACAAUAUUCUAUUUUUAAAUCAGAUCAGCACACCUGUCUCUUUUAAACGAGGUUAUCAACAGUGUCGGCACUGUAAUUUAUAGUAAGCAGAUAGGAAGUUAGUGAACAAUCACAAUAAAUCACUUAUCAAUUAAGUUCAAGCAGUUCAAGUCAACAUUCGUCGAUGUAUAAUCCAUAUUAUUUAUUUAUUUAUUUAUUUUCGUAAUAUAAUAUAUAAUAUAUUAUAUACAAUAAUAAUAUUAGAUAUUAAUACUUAAUAUUAAAAUUGAACCUUCAUCGCUAAUGGUGUAAGAGCGUUCUACUGUAGAUCUACAGUCUACACGAAUACAAGAUGGAGUAUCUACUAGCGAGUAUGACACUAUGACUGUUGAACAAACAUAAUAUUAUUUACUAUAAUAUUUUAACCUUGGCUGGCAGUUAUAUAAUUAUUAGUCAUUAAUUGUAAAAUAUAUAGAUAACGGACAUAAUCUCUGAUGCAUUAACGUAUUUAAUAUUUAAUUGACAGUGAAAAAUAAAUCAAAAUAUAAACAAAUAUUUAUUAAUCCAGAAAUUAACAACAACUAUAGAAAAAAUUGUUUUUCAUAAUGUUUUCAAAUUGUGUAAUUACUAGAAAUAUUCAGCAUAGUUGUAAAUUAUUAAUUGUUGGUGGAGGUUCUGGAGGAUGUACGAUGGCAGCUAAGCUCUCAAAAUAUGAACGUGAUGUGAUCAUAUUGGAGCCAAAUGACACUCACUACUAUCAACCUAUGUUUACAUUGAUUGGUGGUGGUAUGAAAACUAUAUCUCAGUCUCGUUCUUCCACAAAAUCAGUGAUUCCAAAAAAUGUAAAAUGGAUUCAAGACAAAGUCAAAAGUUUUAAUCCAAAAGUUAAUAUUGUAACAACAUCAAAUGGAGACAUAAUUAAUUAUGAUUAUAUGGUAGUGUCUAUUGGAUUGCAGUUUAAUUACAAUCAAAUUAUUGGCUUAAGAGAAGCUCUUGAUAAAAAAGAUAGUGGAGUAUGUACAAACUACUCAUCUCAAUAUGUGGAAAAAACUUAUCAAAUUUUGCAGAAUUUCAAUGGUGGAAACGCAAUAUUUACAUUUCCUAAUACACCAAUUAAAUGUGCUGGGGCUCCUCAAAAAAUUAUGUAUAUUACUGAAGACUAUUUAAGAAGAAAAGGUAAAAGAAACAAGGCUAAUAUUAUAUACAAGACAUCCACUCCUGCAAUAUUUGGAGUUAAAAAAUAUGCACAGAAGUUACAACAAAUAUGUAAUGCACGCAAUAUUUCAGUUGGCACAAGACAAAAUUUAAUAAAAAUAGAUUCUACCCAGAACAAAGCCACUUUUGAAUUUCUUGACAUACCAAAUAAAACUGAAUCAUUGGAAUAUUCUAUGCUUCAUGUUACUCCACCAAUGGGUCCACCAGAUGUUCUAAUAAAAUCUAGUCUUAGCAACAGUGCUGGGUAUUUAGAUGUUGACCCUUAUACAUUACGUCACAAUGAAUAUGGGAAUAUAUUUGGAAUUGGGGAUUGUACAAGUUGUCCAACAUCAAAAACAGGAGCUGCAGUAGCAGCACAAAGCAUUGUUGUUCUUAAAAACAUGAUAAAUGUGAUGAAUGGUAAGAACAUCAAAGAUAAAUAUGAUGGGUACACGUCUUGUCCUUUAGUUACUGGAUACAGCAAAUGCAUUCUAGCAGAAUUUGAUUAUAACCUUAAACCAUUAGAAACAUUUCCAAUAAACCAAGGGAAUGAGCUGCGUAGCAUGCUGUUAAUGAAGAAACACGUACUGCCAUUUAUUUACUGGAAUAUAAUGCUUAAAGGUUAUUGGAAUGGUCCUAAAACGAUAAGGAAAAUCAUGCAUUUUGGUCUUGAUUAGAUCAAAAAAUUUAUAAUGUAGUGUAAAAUAUUAAUACUUCUUAUGGGGUAGGAAUAAUCAUUUUUGUUUUAGUACCAAUAAAUUUAGUUAUUUAUUAAUAAGUACUAUACCUAAUUUAUUUAAUUUAUAAUAGUUAUUAUUUCACAUACUAUGAAAAAGAUAUCUUAUUUAUAUUAUUUAUUGUAUGUGGUACUGAUACCUUAAAACAUUAUUGUAUACUAAAUAUUAUAUUUAAAAAAGUAAUCUUGGAUACAAAAAGUACAUUGAUCAUUUUAACAAAUUUAAGGUUCAAGUAGUAGAAUAAAAAUGUUAAGUACCUGUGUUUUGAUUGUCAAUAAAAUCUGAUUUACAGCCAAACUCAGAA